ACGAAUUCCACGUACUUUUCACGGAACGGACAAAGAUACCCUCACAAAACCUCUGCAUCCGGCAUCAGGGUAUCGUAAUAGGAAUACUGGACAAUACUCCAUCCAGUUAUCAUUUGUGCAGAUUGUUAGCAACAUGACACUGUGCUACAGUCGCCGAUUCACCUGUGUCCUGCUGCUCCUUUUAUCCGUGUUCUGUUUGGCGGCCGAUGCAGCGGAUAAACGUCCUCCAGCCACAAGCAGUCCAAUCCAUCAAGAGUUCUUGAAGCAUUCCACAUUGGCGGGUGUCUUUAGGAGACACGCCAAAAAACUCCUGGUUAACCGUGAAAAGGCCAAGGUGAUUGUCAAGGGCCUGAAGGAUGUAGUCCACCUUGACGAGAUAGUGGUGUUCUGCCUUCUAGCCUGGAUGUCCAAGCCGGCUGUAAGGCUCCCGUAUGAAGCUCUUAGUAGUGGAAGACAAAAAGACAAGGCCCCAAGGAACUUCGAAGAGACCCCGUUGCAUUUGAUUUUUGACCACUUGAGCCAGCUUGCCAAAUUGGCUUUGGCCAUUUACGCGGUGGAUGUUCUCAAAAUUAUUGCGCAAGGCAUGGGAUUCAAGCUUGCCAACAUGGGUGAUUUCAAUCAUGCCUUUGGCAAAAUCUUAUACACUGGCUGGAUUGCCAAUCGAGCUUCAGCACUUAAACGCUAUAUCCUGGCCAAGCAAACGAAUCAAGAUUAUCGAGAUUUGGAUGGACAAGUUCAAAUUGUAGAUCGAUUGAUUGAUGCAGCACUCUACGGAAUUACCCUCUACAUCGCUGUGGAUACGGUGCAAACGAAUAUGGACGCUACCAUGCGAGGUUUUCUAGCCUUUGGUAGUGUGAGUGCCCUGGCUAUGAGUUUGGCAAUGCAAGGAUUUGUCACACAAGUGUUCCAUGGGCUCUUCUUGGCUGGAUCCAAUCGGGUCAAUGAAGGAGAUUCCGUUGAAGUGUUGGGAAUGUCGGGCAAGAUCGAGGACUUGGGAUGGCUGGAAACCACCUUGAGAAUGUCAGAUAACAUUCUAGUUUCGAUUCCCAAUGCUGAUUUAGCCGGCCAAAGGAUCUCCAAUCUGUCCCGCGCAAUAACCUCCCAGGUCAGUCAAAAGCUGACCUUUGAAAACAGCGAGGAUUCGCUGGAGCAGAUACCUCUCCUGUUGAAGGACAUUAAACGCGAGGUUGGGAUUUCCUGUCCUACGUUGAUUACGGAUGGUAGUCGACCAUGUCGGGUCCAUGUUACCAGUAUUGAGGGUGAUCUGAUUGAAGUCUCUUGCAAAUUGCAUUUUCGAAUCAAACCUGUGGGUGAUGCCUAUCUCGACAAUCGACAAGAAGCCAUCUUCGCCAUUGCACGUGCGGUUCGGCGGAGCCCAUUGCAACCUGCCAGUCCUUUGAUGUAAUCCGUCGACAACCGAUCGAUCAAUCAAUCAAUAGACCCAACAGAGAUGGCACAACCAGAAAAUGGAAAUUCCGAAACCAUUCGUUGAUUCAUACUAGCUAGCUAGCAACGGAUUCUAAGUUUUGUAGUUACAUCUUCCUGGCC